AUGAAUGUCGACAUAAUAGAGCCAUUCAAUCGGCUCCAUCUUGCCGGGGGUGUGAAAAUAUCCGCUUUGAAAUUCUCCCAUGACCGUCUUUUUCUAGGAUUCUCCAACGGUGAUCUCACUAUAAUGAGAGUCAGCACUCAGAUAGUUCCAAGCAAAACGGCACCUAAGUCAGUUCGAAGCUUCCGGUCCUUCACUGACAUUAAGCGAUUGUUCAGUGACAAUGAACAGUCGCAAUUGCUAGUCAUCGAGAAGACUUUCAAGAACGUAACCACUAAUCAAUCUGCAAUCACCGUUCUUGAUAGCCUUCCACUUUACAAAGAAAGCAGCCGAGAGGUGAUAAUUCUCGGUAAUUCUGAGUUGUUGCUGGUUUUUGAGUGGGUUGGGUCUCAUUUGAACAUGAUCAAGUCAUUUGACGAGGCCAGAAACUAUUCCAUGUUCAGCUUUAUGGAGACUGGAAAUCUGCGCCUAAUUCUCAUUGGAGUCCGCAAGAAGCUUCUCAUAUUCAAGGUCGUACAGAAAUCCAGAAAUGUAUUUGACUUCAACUUUCACAAGGAAAUAGCACUUAAAGAGCGAAUUAAAGCAAUCGCUUGCUAUGCGGAAAACAGCUCUGUCCUCUUAGGAUUGAACCAUUCUUUUUUAAUUCUCGACAAUACAUCCUUCGAGGUGCGGGAGCUUCCGACUAGCGAUUCCAGCAUUUAUUCUCAGACUCCAAGCACAUCUUUCAGCUACUUUGGCUUUUCCAACGUGGGGCCAGAGGUCAAAAUAAUUCCUUGUGACGACGACAAUUCGUUGGUGGUGCGUGACACGCAGGUGGGAAUCUUACAAUUCGGUGAAAAUCAUGCUGUAUUACAUGAGUCAAAUAUCAAACUCACAAACAUACCCAUAGAUGUGGCUUUCUUGAAUCCUUGCUAUGCGUUAUUCCUAUACCCAAAAAAAUUGGAGGUCGUCGACAUUGAAAGUGGAGAGGUCAUUCAGGAAUUUCAUCAUCAAUUCAACAACAAUGGCAUCUAUCUCAGUGUGGAGAAUGACCUCAUAAUGAUUGGAUCCGGUGGUUACGUUUUCCAGUUCAACAUCCUCUCGUAUCAGAAACAAUUGGAUCAAUUCUUGUCAAUUCGUGGAGCUGGUGCCCUGUCGAAAAGUGUGAAGGAUCCAAAUAAUGACCUCCGAUUACUUGGUCUUGAUCGGGCAUUGGGGCUCGUUACAAAUUUGAAUGAGUCUGACGAGUUCUUUUCAGACAACAGUGACGCAGGAAUGUCCAACAAAAAGAUGAAGCAACUUUUUCUUCGAGAUCUCUACAGAAAUAAGGCGUUGGUUUUUUUCGAGUCAUAUUCAAAGUACCAUGAAGCAUUGGUAGAUAUUGCUUCAGAAUGGGUUCUCUCUUUCAAAGACAUCUUGCCUCUUUUUCCUGACUUUUUGAAUGCUGACUACAUGUUGAACAAAGACAUGGAGACUAACACGAAUAAAUCGAAAGCAGCAAUAAAAAGAGUGACCAUUGAGGAAGUUUAUUCCGUCUUGAAGCGUGAGGAAGUUUCUGAUUCGUCAGCUGGUUCUGAGUUGAAAUCUGGUGAGAAAUCUAAAUCUGACCCAAAGGAACUUGAAAUGGACCCUAAAGCACUACAAAGGGUCAAAAAGUUCAUUAAAGCAGUGAACAACUUGAUUGUAUACUUGACAGACCAGAGGAGAAUCCACUCCAGUUUCAUGACAAGCUCUGAGGAGGUUCCUAGCAUUGGGUGGAAGGGUGUCCAACUCAAUGUUCUUGAUAUCUAUCCCGGCAUUUCCAAGAGCGUCUUGGAGUCUCAGUUGGGAAAUUUGGGUGCCGUUAUAGAUACUUCUUUGUUCUUGUGCUACUUUUAUACAAAGCCGAUGUUGUUGGGGCCACUCUUGCGGUUGCCUAACAAUAGAUGUGAUGCAAAGAUCGUCAACGAUUGUCUUCUCAAGAAUUUACAUAACCAUACCCAACAGCUGCAGAAUUUCAUGCGAGAGCUUUUGGAUUUCUAUUAUGGCCGUGGGUUGCAUAGGGACGCAUUGUCCAUGUUGAAGGACCUUGCUCGAGAAAGCGAGAGCAAGCAAGAUGAAUUUGACGAAUACUUGAGAGGGCCCACACUAAUGAUCAAUUACUUGCAGAAACUCACAAACGAAGAUCUUGGUCUUGUUUUUGAAUUUUCCGGUUGGAUCUUGACCCAUGACGGUUCGAAACAGCUCGAAAGAUCUCGUCUUAUCUUUAUGAAUGACUCUUACGAAUGCGAAAGCUAUGAUAAUUUCAAAGUGUCUGACUUUUUGACAGGCAUCCUGGAGAAAUUAGGGAUUAAGUAUCUUGAGUGGGUAAUGUUUGAAAGUGAUGUCCUCGAGUCUGGUGAUCGUCACGAAAACGUUGGAAAGUUCGAGACGAAACUUUGUCUCCUUUAUUUGAAAGAAUUGAAGUCCUCUCAUUAUACUGAUGAAGUGCUUCGUAAGAAUCCAACAUACGCCAAACUUUACCGCUUGCUCGAAAGUACUACCUCCUAUGAACCAUGGACUGUUCUUCGUGAAAUCCCAACGAGUGAAGACAGCUACCUUCGAUUGACAAUUUUCAUUUACAAAAAGUUGGGCGAGCACCAAAAAUCGGUGGAUAUAUUGUUCAACCAAUUAUCCGAUCUUGAUGGAGCCAUGUUGUACUGCUCAGACAUCUACAAACAGCCAAAUAUGAAGGAGACCGGUACCUCAUUGCUUCACAAGCUUCUUGAAGAUCUUGUAAUGCACUACGAAGAGAACGAGGAUCUUGUUGCCAAGUUACUCAAGUUUCAGGGAAGCAAGAUGUCCAUUCUUCAGAUAUUGACUGUGUUGCCGGACACCUUUCCUUUGCAUAAGCUUCUGAUAUAUCUUGAGGAGCAAGUCCGGACUAAUGAGGACCAGCUUUACACAACACGGAUGGCUAGUCAAUUGUACAAGAUCGGGUCAGCUAAAGUCCGCCACAACUUACUUGUUGCUCAGUCUGCUUCAUACACCAUCAACAGUGGAAAUCAACGAUGCAAUAUUUGCGGAGAGAAAUUGGGUUACAGUGUUUUGAGUGUUGAUAAGAAAAACAGAGUAGUGCACUAUGGAUGCCAGGAGAAGAAUUUGCCAUGA